AUGUCAACUAAGUCAUAGUUAACUUUUCAAAUACUUAUAAUUGGAUCUGCUGCGUAAUUUUAUUUAAUUAUUUUUACACAGUGUUGGCAAAACAGCUAUAGUAAAACAAUAUAUUGAUUCUAAUAUUAAUAAUAUAGAAAUAACAAUAGGAAGUGAAUGGAAUAAAAAGGAUAUAAUUAUUAAUAAAAAAAUGGUGACACUUUCAGUAAAAAUUGAUAUAAACUUUAGUUAUGGGAAUUAAAUAGUUUUGCAAGAUAACAUGUAAUUUUCUAGAAAGUAGAUUGCUGCAUCAUAGUUUUUAAUAUUAAUGAUAUUGAGCCAACAAAAACUUUGGAUUUAUGGAAAAACAUAUAUUAAUAAUAGCGCAUAUAAGAAGAUCCAGAAAAUAGUAUUAUUUUCAUCAUCUAAAAUGAUUUUGUUGAGAAUAAUGAAAUAAUCAAGAGUCAUCUUGUUGAAUAGUGGUGUAAAUAAAAUAGAAUUAAAUAAUUGUUUAAAAUAUCUGCCAAUGACAAUCUGAUUGUUAAUGAAACAUUCUUUGAGAUUACAAAGAUUUUAUUAAGAGAGAAGUAAAAUUUUAUAAACAAGAGUAACAAAGCAAUUAAUCAAAAAGAUGAUUUUUUGAAUGUAAAAUCAUUUGAAAAUAUGAUGGUGAAAUAAUAAUUAAAAUGCAAUAUGUAAGAAACAAUUGAUUCUCUUAAAUGUUAUAAUCAACAUGAUAGCCCACCAAUCAUAGUACUACUUGAUGAUAAUCUUAAAGGAGUCUAAAGAUUAAUUUGUUCUUAAUGCAUAAUUGAUAUCAGAGGACGUUUUAAUGGAAUUAAUAUUGAUGAAGCAAUUUUCUAAAUAGAAGACCGUAAAAAUAAUUUUCUUAAUGAAAUAUCAGAUUUUAACCAAAAAAUUCUAAACAUUUUAAAUUCUUUCAAAGAUUAAAUUCUGUAAAAUAGAAAUGAAAUUAUCUAAACUAUGGAUUAAAUGAUAAAUUAAGUAGAUAAUUGGAUAGGUGAUAUAUAAUAAUUUGAGUAGAAGUAAUGCUCUUACAAGUUUUUAGAUGAAAUAGAUAAAUUAAAUCACUUUGUUGAACAAGUAAAAAAUGAUUAAAUUAAUGAAUUUAAAAAUGUUAUAUUCACCAUUAACUAGGCCUAUGAAAAAAAAAUCUAACUUUCAAAACUUAUAUUACGUGAGUAAUUUCUUUAGGCUUAAAAUAAUUUAAGAUUACAUUCAUCUAAUGUUUCAUUUAAGCGAUUGAAUUCAGAAGUAACAAAAGAUGAUGUAGAAACAAAAACAUAUAACUAGAUAUAAUACUAAUUAGUUUAAGAAGUUAAAUAAAAAGAUUGGUGCCAUGCAUUAGCAUUCAAUUAUGAUGAAUCCAUAAUGGCAGGGAGUAUUGGUAAAAGCAUUAAACUAUGGAAAUUUUAAUAAGGAUAAUUGUAGGAUAAUAAUAUAGUCUUAGAUGGUCAUGAAAAGCUGAUUAAAUGUAUUGUAUUCAGUAAAAAAAAUAAUUGGUUUUUCACUGGAAGUGAAGAUAACACGAUUAGAAGUUGGAAAGAAAAAUAGGGUUGGUUUUCUUCUAGUAAAUGGGAGAGUGUUAAAGCUAAUAAAGCACAUUAAGACUGGGUAAUUUAAUUAAUAUUAAAUGAAUAAAAUAAUGAAUUGAUAUCAUGUAGUGUAGAUAAGACCAUUAAAAUAUGGAGAGUUUCUUAUGAUUCAAAUUCAAUUAAAUUUUUAGAGUCUCUUGAAAUACAUUAAGAAUAAAUAUUAUCAAUUAGUUUAAAUUAAUCUUAAUAAUAAUUAAUUUCUUGGGGAGAAGACAAAUAGGUAAUUUUAUGGGAAAAGAAUUAAUAAUAAAAAUGGUAAUUUAAAAAUAAGAUCUUAUUAUCAAUCCAAGAAAUAAAUAGAGGUGCUAGAUUUCUUAUGGAUAAUUAAAUUAUAUGUAAAACAUCAAAAGGAUAAAUAGAAAACUAUAUUUUAGAAAAAGAUAAAUAUCAACAAAAGCAAGUAUUGGAUUUUAAUGUUGAAAAUCCAGAUUUUAAUCCAUAAGAAUGUUAAAUUAUUUUUAAUAUUUAAACAUAAUUAAUAGUAAUGAAACAUCAUAAAUAUUUUUAUUUUUUUAGAAAUAAUUUGGAUGAAUGUAAAUUUGAAUAAGUUUGCAAACCUUUGGAAUGUCAAAAAGAAGUUUGUUUUUUUAAUAUUACAAAUGAUGGUAAAUACUUAGUUUUGUGGAUUUGGUAUCCUGUAUUAAGAUUUAAAAUAUAUGAAUUGAUUUAUAGUAAUUAGUAUUGA